CUGAACUCGCGUACCUGUGCUUGUAUUCAUCCAAAGGCCAAGCUAGUUCUCGUCGUGAGAGAUCUGCACCAUUUCACAAAAAUCGUUUGCAGUUCGCACUGCCACCAGAAGAAUCCAGUACAUUUAAGCUUGUGGAGCUAAGAUGGCGGAGUCGCAGUACUCUUUCUCGCUGACUACAUUCAGCCCCAGCGGCAAGCUGGUGCAGAUUGAGUAUGCGCUGAACGCUGUGGCCGCGGGCGCCACCUCUCUCGGGAUUAGCGCCACUGACGGCGUGGUCAUUGCGACUGAGAAGAAGCUGCCCUCUGCUCUAGUCGACGAGACGACGGUACAAAAGAUCAUGACAAUCACACCGCAGAUCGGUGUGGUGUACAGCGGGAUGGGGCCGGAUUUCCGCGUGCUGGUGCGCCGCGCGCGCAAGACUGCGCAGGCGUACUUCCAGACCUACAAGGAGCACAUCCCGGUGGCACAGCUCGUGCGUGAGACGGCGGCUGUGAUGCAGGAGUUCACACAGACGGGUGGCGUGCGCCCCUUCGGUGUGUCGCUGCUGAUGGCGGGCUACGACGAUAACGGGCCGCAGCUGUACCAGAUCGACCCCAGCGGCUCCUACUUUGCCUGGAAGGCCUCGGCCAUUGGCAAGAACAUGACCAACGCCAAGGCCUUCCUGGAGAAGCGCUACAGCGACGAGGUGGGCAUUGAGGACGCGGUGCACACGGCGCUGCUGACGCUCAAGGAAGGCUUCGAGGGGCAAUUGAGUGGCUCCAACAUCGAGGUCGGCAUCAUCGGGCCAGACAAGACUUUCAAGGUGCUGAGCGAGGCGGAGGUCAGCGACUACCUUCAGGAGGUGGAGUAACGCGGUUGGACAUGAGAGGGGUUUCGGUGGGGUCAGCAGCAAUGGCAAUGGCAGCAGUGACAAUGGGACUGGGAGGCAUAUGAAGGGUGCGCAAGCGAGUUUGGACAUGUAGCGAUUGGCGGUAACCGAGGCAGUGUGGUAGCCGUGCAGCAACCGGAGGAUUAGAGUUGCAUGGCGUCCGGAGUGUCGGCAUGUGUUGCAGCACAGGUGGUGGGAUGGACUGUAGUGAUGGUAGGAAGGUCGAAGCAUGCGAACGUGGCACGUCCUCCAUCGGCCUUUACGCACCACAUCUCGCUCAUGUGUUGGCUUAGGGGGCCCACUGCGAGUACGGGUGGUUUGCGUGCGUGCCUGUGCGGACGAUAGCGGCCAUUCCGUGAUGCCAGCGCGGGCCAGGCCCGCUUACCUGUGCAAUGACAAAUAGUGAUGCCGUCUGAUGAUACACUUACACCGGACCCGAGUAUACAUACUACACCACCGUGGUGGCUUGCCAUGCAUACCACACCACCGUGAUGGCUUGCCAGAGGUAGCCAAUGUUGAAGCAUGAAGUACAUUCUGUAAUACAAAGUGUGGGGCC